GAAACCUUCUACUUCUGCUUUUCAUUGCACAAAACUUCACCGCUAAGAAUGAACAAAUCAAUAAGGGAGUUUCUUUCAAGAGGUUCAUUUUAAACAAUGGAGAGUUUGAUUCUGACUAUUCUGGUUAUCCUGCCAGGUGUGUGGAGUGGAGACUGGGAGGUGACACUUGAACACCAAUGUGCCUUGAAGGGGACAUCAGCGAUUCUGAAGUGCGACUACAGCUAUCCUUCAGGUCACACUGUCACCUCAGUGAGCUGGUCUAAACUUCAGUUGAGAUAUAAUGGCCAGAGGCUGGUUGCUCUUUCACCUCCGCACUUUAACUAUGUGGGCAACUACCAGGGCGACUGUGAUCUGAGGAUCAAUAAUGUACAGUUCGCUGAUGAAGGAGCCUAUUACUUUAGUUUUGAGACAACAGGUGACAGAUGGACAAGCGAAACAUAUUCCUAUUUGUUUGUGAGAGGACUGACCGCUGCGGUGCAGCCGAGCACUGUGACGGAAGGAGAAGAUGUCAGGCUGAUCUGUCAGUCAGGUUGUCCUCAAACCACCGAAUUCGUCUGGUUCAGAGAUGGACAACCGGUAUCAGGUUCAGAGUUUCAGGCCAGCAGAGAGGAUGCUGGGAGAUAUCACUGUGCUGUCAAAGGACAAGAGACGGCCAGAUCUGCCUCGGUGGCUCUGGACGUUCGAUACGCUCCCAAGAAGGUGACUCUGUCAGUGAGUCCUUCAGGAGACGUCAUCAAAGGAGACACGCUGACUUUCAGCUGCAGCAGCGACGCCAACCCUCCUGUAGAAGAAACAGGAUACAGGCUGUAUAAGGACGGACAGUUGAUCAACUCCAGGCAGAAACACACCAUCUCCGAGGUGCAGCUCGGCGACAGUGGACGCUACCACUGCCAGGCCUCGAAUGACAUCACCUGGGGGGGCAGCGGCCUCUUUAACUCCACAGAUGUUCUCCUUGAUGUCCACUACCAGCCAAUGAACACUUCAGUUUCAGUGGUUCCUGAACAUGUCCUGGAGGGCAGCAGUGUGAGUCUGACCUGCAGCAGUGAUGCAAACCCUCCAGUUGACAGCUACAGCUGGUACAAGAUGGCAGCUUCUUCCAGCUCCAUGACCCAAGUGGGCUCAGGACAGACGCUGUUUCUGCCCUCGAUGGAGGCGUCUCACACCGGACUCUACCUCUGCCUGGUCAGGAACAGCGUGGGGGAAAACAACUCUACUGAGGUUCUACUCUCAAUGGCAGAAAAGCAGAAAAGCAGCCCAUCCAUCCCAGUCUUGGCUGGAAUCGGAGUCUGUCUUUGCGUGACACUUGUGAUCGUGCUGCUUCUGUUCCGGAGGAAACGAAGGAGCAACGCAGGGGAAAAACAGCCUGUGUUUGACUCCGGACUCAGUAGAUCUCAGUCUUCAGCCACUGAAGAUCCAUCUGAUGCUGUUUAUGCCAACAUCCUGACAUCUCCAUCCUCUGCUCCUCUGACCAUCGUUUCUGCUUCACCGAGGAACUCGCACCCUCAUGGCUCCAUGUCUUAUGAAGAGGAAGUUCUUUACUCUACUGUGACCAUCAAACCAAAAAACACCAAACAUCACACAAACAGCAGCCGAGCAGCUCAGGACUCCUGGUCCACAUCAGGGGAGAACAGCGACUCUGUGAUUUAUGCCACUGUGGUUACACCCCACUGAGGUUCAUCUUCCUCUCACCUGACAUGAAAAGUUCAAACCUCAGUGUCUCAGGGAGGUUAAAUUGAGAUUGUUGUGCAAUAGUCUUGAAACAAACGUACCUUCAUAGGAGUUUAAGGUUUCAAAGUUUCAAUUGAUUAUGCUUUGUUUUUUUAAAUUUAUUUAGAAUUCUGUGUUUAUGAAGGGCUUAUGUAGCAGAACCAUAGUUUAGUGUAAUAAUAACUGCAAGGGUUUCAUUCUUACCUUGAGUAUUUAUGCUAUACUAAAAGGAUUUGUCUCUAAUUUAUUUCUUUUUCUGUACAAUUGUAAAAGUCACAGCUCAUACAAAGCCAAUGUGAUAUUGUUUUGCAUCACUUUGAGCAGGUUGUUUUUAAGUAGCCUUUGUUUCAAUGUAAUAUAGAAUUCAAAAACUUGUA